UGGUGAGUUUUGCCUCAGUUUGGGAACAGUGGCCGGAAAAGGCACCAUUCCGGUUCCCCCAGACCGGAUAACCAAGAAUUACGUAACAGUGAAUGUUUUUGUGGCCGGAUUCGGUUGAAUUCUUGGUUCUUCGGUCUGGAGGAAGUGAAAUUCUACCUUCCGGCAGGAGUUGACACAAAGCUGUCGGAUGCGGUCAGAAAAAGUGUGGUGCUACUCGGUCAACUAGAAACGCGCCACGGAACACGGUCCGACCCGAAAAGAUGUCCUCGGCCUGGAUGAAGUUAUUCACCAAUGCCAGCAUUCCGUUGCAGGCGGCCACCGGGUACGCAGUGUUUGUUGGGAACCGGAUCCAGAAGGACAUGCUGAUGGAUUUGAACAAGGAGUACCUGCCGGAGAUGGGCAUCACGACGAUGGGAGACAUUAUUGCCAUCCAGCGCCACUCGAAGACGGUGUGCGACCAGAGUGCCCGCGACCGGGUGCUGUCCUCGCAGUCGGCAGUCGUCGAGAAGCCAGAACUGCCGGAACACUUAACCAAUCUGGUUCCGGUGGCGGCGGUUUCCGCCACGCUGAGCAACCCACCCAAAUGUUCGGACAAGAAAGCAUCGCUGGUCGGUAGCUAA